CAGGAUUUUCAGUCCUCCUUGGAGGGGAUCUCGGAAAGAUAUGGGACCGCCACCAUUGCCCAGAGCACUCUUCUUUUUCUUCCUCUUGCAAAGGGUAGCUGAGGCCCAGCAGAAUACUCAGCCUCACUCAAUUAAGAUAGAUGGGGACAUCACAUUAGGAGGUCUGUUUCCAGUUCAUGCAAAGGGACCUGCCGGAGUCCCAUGUGGAGAAAUAAAGAAGGAAGCCGGAAUUCAUCGAAUGGAAGCUAUGUUAUAUGCACUGGAUCAAAUUAAUGGGGAUCCCGAACUCCUUCCGAAUUUGACGCUUGGCGCGCGUAUCUUAGAUACGUGCUCUCGGGACACCUACGCUCUGGAGCAGUCACUAACAUUUGUUCAAGCUCUGAUUCAGAAAGACACCUCCGACAUUCGAUGCUCCAAUGGAGAACCUGCCAUACUCAGCCGUCCGGAGAGGGUUGUCGGAGUUAUCGGAGCCUCUGCCAGUUCAGUCUCCAUCAUGGUGGCCAACGUGCUGAGACUGUUUGCUAUUCCACAAAUAAGUUAUGCUUCCACCGCCCCCGAGCUCAGUGACAAUAACCGAUAUGACUUCUUCUCUCGUGUGGUGCCGCCUGACUCCUACCAAGCACAAGCCAUGGUGGACAUCGUUAAGGCCCUUGGAUGGAACUAUGUGUCCACAUUGGCAUCUGAGGGCAAUUAUGGAGAAAGUGGAGUGGAAGCCUUUGUACAGAUCUCUCGUGAAGCUGGGGGGGUUUGUAUUGCUCAGUCUAUCAAAAUUCCACGGGAGCCUCGUCCUGGAGAGUUUGAUAAAGUCAUACGACGGCUGCUGGAGACACCUAACGCCCGUGGCAUUAUUAUCUUUGCCAAUGAAGAUGACAUCAAGCGUGUCUUAGAGGCAGCCCAACGAGCAAAUCAGACAGGACAUUUUUUGUGGGUGGGAUCCGACAGCUGGGGAUCCAAGACAUCUCCUAUUUUGGAUCAGGAAGAAGUAGCAGAAGGUGCUGUGACUAUUCUGCCAAAAAGAGCAUCUAUUGAUGGAUUUGAUCAGUAUUUUAUCAGCCGGACACUGGAGAACAAUCGGCGUAAUAUAUGGUUUGCGGAAUUUUGGGAAGAUGAUUUUAAAUGCAAAUUGACCCGAUCUGCUCAACAGGAAGAGGCCAGGCGAAAGUGCACUGGAGAGGAGAGGAUUAGCAGAGACUCCAUUUAUGAACAAGAGGGAAAAGUCCAGUUUGUCAUUGAUGCAGUGUAUGCCAUGGCGUAUGCCUUACACAAUAUGCACAUCGACCUUUGUGCUGGAAGCAUUGGCGUCUGUGACAGGAUGGAUCCUAUGGAUGGACGGCUGCUCUUACAGUACAUACGCAGAGUUAAUUUUAAUGGAAGUGCUGGAACACCGGUGAUGUUCAAUGAAAACGGGGAUGCACCAGGGCGGUAUGACAUUUUCCAGUAUCAGAUGACAAAUGCUUCUGCUCCAUCCUACAGAGCGAUUGGACAGUGGACAGAGUAUUUACGCCUCAAUAUUGAAGAGAUGCAGUGGUAUGGUGGCCAGUCAGACAUUCCAUCAUCUGUCUGUAGCCUUCCUUGCCAACCAGGAGAGCGGAAAAAGAUGGUGAAGGGCGUGCCAUGUUGCUGGCAUUGUGAGCUAUGUGAUGGGUACCAAUUCCAGCUGGAUGACUUCAACUGCCAAGCUUGUCCCUAUGACAUGAGGCCAAAUGUUAACCGAACUGCCUGCCGCCCAACACCAAUUGUCAAACUGGAGUGGCAUUCUGCUUGGGCAGUUCUGCCUCUUUUUUUGUCUAUUUUGGGCAUACUCAGUACCCUCUUCGUGGUGGGGACCCUGAUACGUUUUAAUGACACGCCAAUCGUGAGAGCAUCUGGACGAGAAUUAAGUUAUGUUUUGCUAACAGGAAUCUUUUUAAUGUAUGCAAUUACCUUCCUGAUGAUGGCAGAGCCUGGUGUCGCCGUUUGUGCCCUUCGGCGGCUCUUCCUGGGUCUAGGCAUGUGCAUUUCAUAUGCCGCUCUUCUGACCAAGACCAACAGGAUCUACCGCAUCUUUGAACAAGGAAAACGCUCAGUGACUCCUCCUCGUUUUAUUAGUCCUGCAUCCCAGUUGGUCAUCACUUUCAGCCUAAUUUCUGUGCAGCUGGUGGGAACAGCAGUGUGGUUGGGAGUUUUGCCACCACACAGUGUAAUUGACUAUGAAGAGCAGAGGACACCCAACCCUGAGCAAGCCAGGGGGGUAUUGAAAUGUGACAUGUCUGAUCUGUCCCUUGUUAGCUGUCUAAUGUACUCAAUCCUGCUGAUGGUCACCUGUACUGUAUAUGCAGUGAAGGCCCGUGGGGUGCCUGAAAACUUUAAUGAGGCAAAACCUAUUGGUUUUACUAUGUAUACAACUUGUAUUGUGUGGUUGGCAUUUGUCCCCAUCUUUUUUGGCACUGCACAGUCUGAUGAGAAGAUCUACAUCCAGACUACCACGUUAACAGUGUCGAUGAGUUUGAGUGCAUCCGUCUCACUGGGAAUGCUUUAUGUGCCGAAGGUUUAUAUCAUCCUCUUCCACCCUGAGCAGAAUGUACAGAAACGCAAGCGAAGCUUCAAAGCUGUGGCAACAGCAGCAACUAUGUCUACCCGUCUGUCUCAGAAAAACCAGAAUGGAGAGAGCAAACCUCCCGAAAAAAGCCUACCUGAGAGUAAAGGUUAAAGGUAUAUGUGAUGGGUCACUGCACCUCCUCCCCCUCUGAUGAUGAUGUGCUAAUGAAACCGAUAGCACAGGAUUUACCGGGACUACACUACAGGACUUGAACGUCAGCUCAUCCAGGUACAUAAAAGCAGACGGGGAUCCCACAGGAGAGCUCGUCAAUGUGGCAGAACGCAAAUGAACCUCGAAAAUACUCUGCGCAGUAUUACUUAACACCGCUCGUUUUGACAAGAGUUUUGCACAGCAAUUAAGCCCUUCUCCUGUUAAAUCUAUGCACGGCAGCACUUAAUAUUUUUCCCAACCAAGCCGCCCCCCCCCCUUCCCUUUUAUACCCUUUACCUGUCAAAAUCCUUAAUAGUGUCCCUUAACCAUUUCCCUGCCACAAUCCUUAUUCAUCCUGCCACAAUCCAAAUUACAUAAUACUAAUUGUGCUGGAAUGCCUUCACAGAAUCAUUUACACACUUUCUUGUUUCCUUUCAAGUUAAAAAUUUUAUUCAGCCGUUUUUUGGGCUUAUUUCUUUUUCUUUAAAAAAAAAUGAUUCAGGUUCCAUAGGUUUUGUAAUAAGCUUUUAUAGAAAUCCCUUAGCAGAAUAAGAUCUCAGGCCUUUCAUUUACUGGUAAUGUUCUUAUUUUAAGAGAGGAUCUUUCAUGUAGUUUUUACCUUUACCAGCUGAUGCUGCUACCCUGCCUGUUUUUUUAAAAUAUCGCUCGUAUGCCCCGCUGUGCCCCCCUGUA